AUGUCGCCGGCGAUCUGGUCGGACAUGCUCUUCGACCUCCUCGCCACCGUCUUCCACACCUUCAACGACCCAGCUGACAUCGUCCGCUGCGGCGCCGUCUGCCGCUCCUGGCGCGCCGCCGCCGCGUCCGUCGGCGAGCGACACCCGCUGUUCUCGCGCCGCCCUCCGCCGCCGUGCCUAAGGCUGUGGCUGGGAAGCUCCCACGGCUGGAUCAUCACGGCCGACGCCGACUCCGCCGAGGUGCGCCUCGUCAACCCCGUCACCGGCCAGCAGAUCGACUCGCUCCCGCCGGUGGACACCAUCGAGCACGUGAGGCGCUGCCAGAGCGCCGACUACGACUACGAGAUCGUCCAGUACAAUUGGACCAUGGCGCAGCGCCACGACAAUCCACCCACCGAGGCGAAGGCCGGUGAGCUCGCCGGGUACCUCCACCAUCGCGCGUUCCUGUCGUCCGACCCGUCAUCGGACGCCGCCGCCGGCUGCUGCACCGUCGUUCUGCUCCACCGGCCCAGGUACGAGCUCUCCUUCGCGCGGCUGGGCAUCGACGAGCGCUGGGCCUGGGUCCGGCUGCCGGACUCAGACUUCUACACCGACGUCUUCUACAACGACGGCGACGGCAUGUUCUACGCACUCACGCACCAAGCCGGCAUCCACGCCUACGACUUCUCCGGCGGGCCCUCCGCCGUGCGCCGGACGAUCGUUCUGGCCAACCAGAUAUACGGCAUCAUCCACACCGAGACCAAAUACCUCGUCCGCGCCCCCGGCGGCGGCGGCGGGUGGCUGCAGGUGUGGAAGAUGAUGGAGCCCGUGCGCGGGGCGGACGGCGCCAUGACGCACAUGUUCGAGACGGUGUGGAUCAAACUGUACCGGGUCGACCUCGCGGCGCAGCGGCUGGAGGAGACGGCGACGCUCGGCGACGGCGGCCACGCGCUGUUCAUCGGGUGCAACCAGCCCUUCUGGGUGCCGGCCGCCGGCGACGGCGUGCUGCCCAACCGUAUCUACUACACAGAUAACGGAGAGGACUACGCGCUGCUCCACCCGGAGGGUCCCCGGGACAUUGGCGUGUACAGCGUCGCCGACGGCAGCUUCUCGCCGCUGUGCCCAGCACAGCCAUGGCUAACUUGCCCAUUGCCGACUUGGAUUGUUCCAAGCUUUGGCUACUACCGCCAAAUGAAGAAAUGA